UGAAAUUGUUAGUAAUGGUAUUAAGAUUAUUGAUGGUAAGCAGUUUAAAAUUCCAUUGCCACUCAAAGGAGGUGAUAUUCAGUUCCCAGAUAAUAAGUUAGUAGUCCAGAAAAGACUAUCCAACUUAAAACAAAAGCUUCAGAAGAAUGUAAGCAUGAAAAAUUAUUACAUAAGUUUCAUGAAGAAUAUGAUUGAUAAGGGUUAUGCUGAAAGGGUUCCUUUGAAUGAAACAUGCCUAACUAAUGGAAAGGUUUGGUUUGUGCCACAUCAUGGGGUUUACCAUCCCAGAAAGCCUGACAAAAUCAGAGUAGUAUUUGAUUGCUCUUUUAUGUAUAAAAAUGUAAGUUUGAAUGAUUGUUUACUUCAGGGACCAGACAUGUCAAAUAGUCUAGCUGGUAUUUUGUGUAGAUUUAGAAAUCAUUCUGUUGCAUUUACUUGUGAUGUAGAAGCAAUGUAUCACCAAGUUUUAGUAAAUGAAGAACACAGGAAUCUUUUACGAUUUCUGUGGUUUGAUAACCAUGACUUAGAUGGUGACAUUGUUCAAUAUAGGAUGACUGUUCAUCUAUUUGGUGCUAGAAGCUCUCCAUCUGUUGCAAACUAUGCUUUGAAAGCUGCUGCUGAUAGAUUUAAGGAUAAAACUACUGAAAAGGCAGCAGAGUUCAUUAAAGAAGACUUUUAUGUGGAUGAUGGCUUAAAGUCUGUAGCUUCAGUGGAGGAAGCCAUAAACUUAGCCAAAGACAGUCAGAUGAUAUGUAAAAAGGGUGGUUUCCAUUUGCACAAAUUUGUUGCCAAUAAUGCUGAAGUUUUAAAGGCUAUGUGUCCUGAUGAAGUUGCUCAAUCAGUUAAGAAUCUUGAUUUAACGAAAGAUAAAUUGCCAGUGGAACGAACAUUAAGUAUGGAGUGGUGUACUGAAACAGAUACAUAUAAUUUUAAUGUCAAACCCAUUCAAAGGUCUAGUACUAGAAGGAAUGUUUUAUCCAUAGUUAGCUCUAUUUUUGAUCCUCUAGGCAUGAUAUCACCAUUCGUUCAUACAGGUAAGAAAGUUUUGCAAACCCUAUGUAAACAAGACCUUGGCUGGGAUGAUCCUAUUCCUGAAACUGUUAUUACUGAAUGGGAAAACUGGUUAAGUCAAUUACCCAAAUUGAAAGAUAUUAAAGUUGAGAGAUGUUAUAAACCAGCCAACAUGAAUGUCAUAGACUAUGAAUUGCAUCAUUUUUCUGAUGCUAGUGAGAAGGGUUAUGGUCAAUGCUCAUACUUAAGAAUGACAGAUCCAAAUGGACAAGUACGUACUAGGUUAGUUAUGGCUAAAUCAAGAGUGUCUCCCUUGAAAACUUUUACUAUACCUAGGUUAGAACUCACUGCUGCAUUAGCAUCAGUGAAGGUGAGUUAUUUCUUAAAAAAGGAGUUGAAGGUCAAUAUUAGUAAAGAAGUAUUUUGGGUAGAUAGUACAAUUGUUCUUGGAUACAUAGCUAAUCAAUGUAAACAGUUUAAGGUUUUUGUCGCAAACAGAGUUGCGCAAAUCAGAAAUCACACCUUACCUGAACAAUGGAGAUACGUUUCCUCAAGUGAUAAUCCUGCUGAUUUAUGUUCAAGAGGCAUGUCUGUUCAUGAUCUGACAAGUAACUAUAUGUGGUGGCAUGGACCUGAAUUCUUAAAACAUGAUAAUGCUGAUAAUGAAACUUUAUGUUCAUUUGAAGUUGCAGAUGAAGAUCCAGAAUUAAAGAAAGUGUCAUUGGCAAUUAACACUGAUGAUAAUAAUUAUGCUACUAUACUUACCAGACUCAAUUACUUCUCAGAUUGGACACGUGCCAGAAGGUCAUUAGCUUUAUGUAAUAGGUUUAUUGAUAAAUUGAAACAGAAAUCAUUAUAUACUGAGUAUGUUCAUGUGUCUGUAGAAGAGCUAAUCAAGGCAGAAAUUACCAUUAUAAAAUUAGUCCAAAGAGAAGCUUUUCAAUAUGAAUAUCAGUUGUUAAGUAUAAGCAAUAACAAAUUUGAUAAAUGUUUAAGGAAAUCUAGCAAUUUGUACAAGCUUGAUCCAUUUAUUGGUAGUGAUGGCUUAAUAAGAGUGGGUGGUAGAUUACACAGAAGUAAUUUUGAUGUCCAUGUAAAAUAUCCUGCGAUUUUGCCAAAGAAUAGUCAUAUUACAGAAUUGAUAAUCUGUCACUAUCAUAAUAAAGUACACCAUCAAGGUAGAAAUUUAACUUUAAAUGAAAUUAGAUCUAGUGGUUACUGGAUUAUAAGUGGAUCAUCCUUAGUAGCGAAACAUAUAUCAAAAUGUGUAACUUGUAGAAAAAUUAGACAUGAUACUCUUACACAGAAGAUGGCCGAUUUACCAAAGGAUAGGGUAGAAAUGUCUUCUCCAUUCACUUACAGUGCAGUUGAUUAUUUUGAUCCAUUUAUAAUUAAGGAAGGUAGAAAAGAGCUCAAAAGGUAUGGUGUAUUAUUUACAUGUAUGUCAACUAGGGCAAUACACAUUGAAACUGCCCAUUCUCUCAGUACAGACUCUUUCUUAAAUGCUUAUAGGAGAUUUGUUUGUAGACGAGGCCAUUGCGCACAACUGCGUUCAGAUCAAGGUAGUAACUUUAUUGGUGCAAGAGAAGAGUUUGCAAAGUGCCUCCGAGAAAUGAAUGUUGAAAAUAUUAAAAAUGAAUUAUUAAAGGACCAAUGUGAUUUUAUAACAUUUAAAAUGAACCCACCUCAUGCAAGUCAUAUGGGUGGUGUUUGGGAGAGACAAAUAAGAUCUGUUAGAAAUAUUUUGAAUGUAUUGCUAUUUAACAAUAGUAAAAUUUUAGACGAUGAAUCUUUGAGAACAUUCAUGACUGAAGCAGAAAAUAUUGUAAACGGCCGACCAUUAUACACAGAUAACUUGAAUUAUCCUUUAAAUGUAGAACCUUUGACACCUAAUCAUUUUCUGACAUUGAAGUCUAAGGUAGUCUUGCCUCCUCCAGGUAAUUUUGUAAAAGAGGACAUGUUUUCAAAGAAAAAAUGGAGGCGUGUACAAUAUCUUCUUAAUCAGUUAUGGAAAAGGUGGCAAAGAGAAUACUUACAAUCGUUACAAAUACGCCAAAAGUGGUUAAAGCCUCAAAGGAAUGUAGAAAUUGACGAUAUAGUUUUAAUCAAAGACUAUAAUCUACCUCGCAACAAGUGGAUGUUAGGCCGAGUAUUAGAAACAAACCCAGAUGAAGCUGGCCAUGUUAGAAAAAUUAAAUUGUUAGUAGCAGAUGCUUUUCUUGAUGAAAAUGGUAAACGCCACAAGACAGCUACAAUUCUAGAAAGGCCUAUUCAUUCAGUUUGUAAUGUUAUUGGAAAGUACAACAGGGAAGUCCCCAUCAGGGAGCAUUUAAGUCAUUAUGCACUGUAUAUUUGUAUUUUGUAUGGAAUGGACUAACCUGUAUAUUGUGAUUUUAUAGUUUGUAAAGAAUCUCAUAUUCAUUCCCCAAUAGUAUAGUUAUUGUUUAAAUUGUUAUCACAAUUUAGGGGAGCCAUUGUUACUGUCAUUAGCAUAUCCAGUUAUAUCUUGAGUUUUGAAACAAUACUAAAAUACAUUCUACCAAGGUGGACGAGUUACUUCCCGCUCUACUGGUUAGAAGUAAACAAUCACAACAACUGCUGCGUCAGAUUCAAGCACAUGAAACGUGACUUGCUUGUCAUGGAUUUCUUCAUUGUUGUAUGUCUACUGGAUUAAGUCCCCAAAAUUGUGUUAUACUCAAUUAACGGCUCAUGGUUUAUAUAAUAAAGUACCUACAAAAGGACCAUGGAAUGUUAUUGAUACCCAAUUUGAGAAUCAACACUGAACGGGGCUAAAAUCAACAUAUAACUACAGAGCCAC